AGCUCUCUGCACUUCCCAUGCUCGCACAAUCCUGGCAGCUAGGCUCAUCUCCAACAGCCUCUGUCGACAGACAGUAAUUCAUAACACCAUGGAGAGCACGCACUCUCUCCUUCUGGCUGCUGCUGUUUGCUUUCUCUGUCAAGGCUGCGGCGGCUCCGAGGCUGAGCACCGGCUCUACGAGGCCCUCUUCCAGAGCUACAACCGGUUCGUCCGUCCCGUCAAGAACGUCUCGGAUCCUGUCAUCAUUCAGUUCGAAGUGUCCAUGUCCCAGCUGGUGAAGGUGGAUGAAGUCAACCAGAUCAUGGAAACCAACUUGUGGCUGAAGCACAUAUGGAACGAUUACAAGCUUCGGUGGAAUCCAGUGGACUAUGGAGGAGCUGAAUUCAUUCGAGUACCAUCUGGCCAGAUCUGGAAGCCAGAUAUUGUUUUAUAUAACAAUGCAGUUGGGGAUUUCCAGGUUGAUGACAAGACAAAGGCCCUCGUUAAAUACACGGGUGAUGUAACUUGGAUACCUCCAGCUAUAUUUAAGAGCUCAUGUAAAAUAGAUGUAACCUACUUCCCCUUUGACUAUCAGAACUGCACCAUGAAGUUUGGUUCCUGGUCUUAUGAUAAAGCCAAAAUUGACUUAGUUUUAAUUGGCUCUACAAUGAACCUGAAAGAUUACUGGGAGAGUGGAGAAUGGGCUAUUAUUAAAGCUCCUGGAUACAAACAUGAUAUCAAAUACAACUGCUGUGAAGAGAUCUAUCCAGACAUCACAUAUUCCCUUUACAUUAGGCGUUUACCUUUGUUUUACACUAUCAAUAUGAUUAUUCCAUGUCUGCUGAUUUCUUUCCUGACUGUGCUGGUUUUCUAUUUGCCUUCAGACUGUGGUGAGAAGGUGACACUCUGCAUAUCAGUCCUUCUAUCCUUAACAGUGUUCCUUCUUGUUAUCACAGAAACUAUACCUUCUACUUCCCUGGUAAUUCCACUUAUUGGGGAAUACCUGCUUUUCACCAUGAUAUUUGUAACUCUUUCUAUUGUCAUUACAGUAUUUGUGCUUAAUGUGCACUACAGAACACCCAAGACUCACACAAUGCCUGUGUGGGUCAGAACCAUUUUCUUGAACUUACUUCCCAGGAUCAUGUUUAUGACAAGGCCUGCCAGUGAUGAAGAGAAUAAUGAGAAACCAAAACCGAUUUUCACUUCCGAGUUUUCAAAUGUAAAUUGCCUCAACAGCUCUGAAACCAAAUGCUGCAAAGAAGGCUUUGUGUGUCAAGAUUCGGCGUGCAGCUGCUGUCAGUAUCAGAGAAUGAAGUUCCCCAAUGUCAGUGGCAAUCUUACAAGAAGUUCAAGCUCUGAGUCUGUAGAUCCUCUGUUUACAUUUUCAGUUCUGUCACCAGAAAUGAGAGAUGCUAUUGAAAGUGUUAAAUACAUUGCAGAAAACAUGAAAAUGCAGAAUGAAGCAAAAGAGAUUCAGGAUGACUGGAAAUACGUUGCCAUGGUAAUUGAUCGUAUUUUCCUAUGGGUUUUCAUCCUGGUAUGCAUUCUAGGAACUGCAGGAUUGUUUUUACAGCCUUUGAUGGCCGGAGAUGAAAUGUAACAAUGAAAUGGUACGUUGUGAAAUCCAAUAAAACUUUUGCCAACCAACUCUACACCCCUACCCUAACAUCUGGUGUCUCUUCUAUGUCUAGUAGAACAAGGAUCUCUCUUGGCCUCAACUUUGCCUAACCAAAGGCUUUGUUAAGAGUGUGAAAACUUGGGAAAAAAUAUUUUGAACCAUUAUGACAGCUAAUCUUGAAGUAAUUUGAGCUAUGCUUGACAGCCACUUUUUGCAAUGGAAUUAAACUCUACAGGAAUGGUUUAAGAAGGGGUUGAUAAAGAAACUGAAAAUUACAUGAAUGUGGAGAACAUCAAGACAGACUGAAUACUGUGGGCUAGUGGAUUUGCUUCCUCAUGUCUGGUGCCAAGUCUCUUCAGACCAUGACAGGCAAGGAAGUUUAUACUGAGUUUCAUGAAUGUGUUUUAAGGAUCAAGAAGCACACACACCAAGUCGUUAGAAUGUAGACAUUGCCACCUGGUGUAAAAAUUAACUCAAAUAGUGGGAGGAAAGGACUAUGGGCAAGUCUAUUAAAAAGCAAGAACAAAUAAGUAAUAGACAUAACUUAAACCCUGUGCAUCCCCAUUUUUCUAUGUAUGAAGAGACUGUCAGAAAAAAAGCAAGCUUUUCAAACCUAACACUGUUUAAAACUGUGCAGAAGUAAAACACUAAGAUGCAGUCUGCAAAUUAUGAGAAGGAUCAAAACAAUUUGAUAAGAAAGUUUGGAUACAGAAGCAUUCUGCUAUAGCAAAGUGUUUUUUGACAAGGAGAGGAGGCAAGUAGAUACAAAACAGUCCUGUAAAGUAUGCUAAAAUUGCUGCUUGGGCUUGCAUGAAUAAUGCAACACAAGAAUGUCAUAACAAAAUACUUUGUAAAAAUACAAACUGUUCUCUCUGUACCACUCUGUUGUUUUUGUUUGUUUUUUAAUACAGUGUAUCAAGUGAUAUAACAUUUGUGAAAAUAAAGAGAAUCAAGCUGAUGAAAA